CCUCCGUUCCCUCAGCUCCCUGCGGUCCCGCCUCGCGUUGCUCGGCCGCCCUGUGAACCGGGGCUGUCGGCUGCAUCGCAGCGGUAGAAGAGCCCCCACACGGCUGUCUGUGGAGCCUGCGGCCCGCCCCGCUUUCCUCCCCCCGCCCCAGCGCGGCCGAGUGUUUGCGGCCGGGCGGGAGGGGCAGGUGCGAGGCGAAGAUGGCGUUCCCCGGGCAGCCGGCGCCCGGCGGCGGUUACUAUCAGGGCGGGUAUGGAGCAGCUCCAGGAGGACCAGCAUUCCCUGGACAAGCUCAGGAUCCUCUGUAUGGUUAUUUUGCUGCAGUAGCUGGGCAGGAUGGACAAAUAGAUGCUGAUGAGCUACAGAGAUGUCUCACCCAGUCAGGGAUUGCAGGAGCCUAUAAACCUUUCAACUUGGAGACGUGCAGACUCAUGAUCUCAAUGCUGGACAGGGAUAUGUCUGGCACACUGGGAUUUAAUGAGUUUAAGGAACUGUGGGCUGUGGUCAAUGGCUGGAAGCAGCACUUCAUAAGCUUUGACAGUGAUGGAAGUGGUACAGUGGAUCGCCAAGAACUGGAGAAAGCCUUGACAACUAUGGGAUUUAGAUUGAGCCCGCAGGCGGUGACUGCAAUCACCAGACGAUUCAGCACUCGUGGGAAGAUUACAUUUGAUGAUUACAUUGCCUGCUGUGUGAAACUCAGAGCUCUCACUGAAUGUUUCAGAAGAAGGGACGCAUCUCAGCAGGGUUUUGUGAAUUUCCAGUACGAUGAUUUCAUACAGUGUGUUAUGAGCAUCUAAAUCAAAAAGGAAGUUGUGGAUGAUCACAGUUAUCAUUCCAGUUUGUGCUUCGCCAAAUUAUUGCAUGAUCGCGUGCCUCAAUAUUGGAAAUGACAUAUUUUAUGAAGGUAUUGCUUGACACACUCGUUACGUUUUGAUAAUGAAUAUAAACUAAUCAUGGACUGUGAUGUUUAACUUUCAACCUGUGACUAUUAAAGAUUUUUUUAUUUUCAUAAACUUGUAAGACACAAUGUGUAACAAAGAUUAUGUACAUAUUAAGUUUGUCUGUGAUUUUUUUCCUGUGAUUCGCUAAAAAAUGUUUCUGGAGUGCAAGCUACCACUCUCUGACUGAAACAAUAUCAUGCAGAUGGCAUAAGAGAAUAAUUCUUUUGUCUUUGGUGAUGAAAGACAUGUACAAACAAAUGGAAUCACCUUUGGAAUCAUCAUGUUCCUCUCGUCUGUCAGAGCAACAGUAAAAUUUAAGGUUCUUGUUUUGACAGCUGGGCAUUUUUUAGAUGAGAUCAGUGACACCAUGCACUGUGUGUAAGACUGCCUGUUACAACUCCUCACAAACAGGAACAAAAUAAAACAUAGCAGAGAACUCUUUCUACAAUGUGCCCUUGUAUAGGGGGCAUUUGUUUCAGUAAGAUUCCUUCUCUGUUUGCGCCUCUGUAUAAAACAUUUUAAAACAAA